CAUGUUUCAAGUCCUGUUGUUUCAGAUUUCAAGGUUUAACAGGCACAGCUGAUCCAGCUAAUGCUAUAUUCUAUUUCCUUUUCAUUCCGCAUAUUUCAAAUCAGCGCAUACUUAUCUCCUUUCGAUAUUUUUAAUUGAUGUUUAAGUUAAAUACGUAUUUAUAUUCAUAAAGCUUGAUAUUUAAGUUAUUUAGACUAAAAAAAACUACGAUGGAUUCUGGACAAAAAACGGUAAACUUGAAAGGCACUCCCUGUGAUACAUGGAGUACUAGAGAACAGCUCUGCCUAGCAUCCAGUGUCUUAAAAGCAAGUGAUCAUAACUGGAUAAGCGUUUCACGAUGUUUGAACUCUUUUCAUCAAAAGCAAUCGGAAAGGCCGGCUAACUGGUUUUCCACAAAGACUUGCUCCUCCCAAUAUGCGCUUUUAUUACAAACUUUUGACACACCGGAGAGAGAGGAAAAGAAAAGUGUCGAGACCACAGGUCAAUCUAUCGUUCGAAGACUAACUGAAGAAAGAAUAAAAGAGAUAUGUCAGAUAUUAGCCUUCCAAAGAGAUGAAUACCAGCAACUGAAAAGCGAUUUAAAGGAUCUUAAAACCAGAAACGUAUCAGAGGAAGACCUAAAAAAAAUGUGUCUUCAACUUGAGCUGGCAGAACAAGAGCCGGAACAAAAGCUCAAUGUGCAUACUCCUUACCUCGCACAACGACAAAAAGAAGUCGAACAAAUUCCCCAAAGCCUUAGCUUGGCAAUUAGUAAAGAACCAGAAAGUUCUGAUGAUCACGUAAUCCCUUCUUAUCCUUCUUCUAGCCAAAAAGAAGAUAAGAAAAACGAGGAUGGUAGAUCUUUUUUGCUGAAUAGUUUGCUAAAACCUCAGUUGAUUCGAACAUUCUCGCCUCAACUUCAUCAGCUGGCCCCGUCUUCAAUGGCCUAUACAGCUCCGGAAGGUUCAUCAGCGGAAGCCUCAAACAUUUCCAUGUUGCUACAACUUCCCGCGAAAUUACAGAGAACCACUCUACCAAAUAUAGAACCUCGUUCCGCAAAUAUAAAUUUGUCUCAACAAAAUACAAACCUUCAAAUGAUGCAGAUGGAGAAAGAAACAGAGAAUGACCAGAUCACAAAGCCAAAUUUAGCUUCAGGACUUAUGUCCGAUUCGGAGAUUAUAGAUCAUAUUGACAAAGUGAUUGCCGAAGAAAAAAAUGUUGAUGUCUUAGACAAGGAUGAGAUUAAUGAGAUUAUCGGGGAUAUCGAAGAACUAAUCAAGGAAGAUAUAACUGAUAAUCCUCAGAAUUUAGACCCCAGAAUUGCAGAAGUAAUGGAAAAUUUGAUAUCUCAACCUCCACGUUUAGCUCCAGAUAGCAAGAUAGAUAUAAAGGAUAAUUGUACCAGCAAUUCUAAUAUCGCAGAAAUUAUUGGAGUUGCUGUCGAAAACAUUGCUCCUCAGGAAUCUAAGGAAGUUGAAUCUAAAUCAGAGAAAGAAAAGGCUGAUACAAGUUUGAACUCAGAUGAAGAGUUCAGAAACGAGAAAGUUGAGACAGCUAAAGGCUUAAAAUUGGUAAACGAUUCAAAGAAAGAAAUUAAUUCAAAAGCAACCGAAAAUAAAGACCAAACUGCGGAGUGUACGAUAAAGUGCAAUCAAAAACAUACAGGUAGGGCUUCUGAAGAUGAUUUCAAGAAGUUCGUUAAGGAAGAUCUAGAAACGUGUUGCAAAGAAGAUAUUGCAAAGUCUUCCAAAGAAGAUGUAACAGAAUUACUUGAGGAGGAUUUAGAAGAAACUGCUGAGAAUACAACAAAUUCAGCUGAGGACGAUGCAAAGAAGGAAACAAUAGAAAAUACGAAAUGGGAUGUUCUUCAGGUCCUGGAAAAGUCACCUCGCGAGAAGUUAAAAAUGAACUCUGAAAAGCAGAGCUCGAGGCAUGAACAGGUAGCCAAAGAUACAGAUGAAGCUGGACAUAAUAGAGUUGACCAACUGGAAAUGACUCUUGCGAAAAUAACCGGUCAUCAGGCUGCGCUGUCCACAGAACUUUUAAGUAUAUCCUCUCAUGACCCUCCGUCUGGGAAAGACACAGAAAAAUCCCAGGACAUAAUUCUUAUUCUUGAGCAUGAAGAGACAUUGUCUAUUCAUGAAAAGAAAAAAGUGGAUGAGGAAGUUUUGGUGAUAGAACCUGCUGCAGGUAGUAAGGAACCAUCAACAUCUUCUGAGGAAGGUAUUACCAUAAUCAAGGAAGACAACGGAAAAGAUACUUUAGUGAAAUAUAAGGAAGAGGCCAAAAAGGUGGUGGAUCUUGAAAUGGAGCAUUCUAAAAGAGACGAUAGAAUGGAUUUUCUUUAUAUAGCCACAAAUACGACGGUUACAGAAGACGAAUCGAAAGAUUUGGAAAUUGGCGUACGAGAAAAGGUAGAAGAAAGUGAUCCUCUGAAGGAAACUGAAGGGUUAGCAAGUGAAGAGGGUCUAAGCACAAAUGAAGGAAUAAAGUGGGAGCUACCAAAAGAAUGUGAAUGUCAUCAGGAAACGUCUCCUGAUGAAGGACUGAAGAAGGGGGAGAUGAGAGAAGAGGAGGAUAAAAAAAAUAUUGAAUUUGAUGCUGGUGUUAAAAAACAAGAGAAGGAUGUUUCAGAAAGUAUACGGGAAUUAGAUGAAGAGGAAUCGACCAUGCGUAAGUUGAGUAAAGGAAAUAUGAUGAAGACUUAUUCCAAGAAGCAGACCAUAGAUGUUGACAGCGAACCUGAAAUAGAAGGAAGUAAAGAGAGUGCUGACUAUAGGGCUUGGAAGAAGGCAGUCAUGUUGGUUUAUGAUAGACUGGCAACACACAAGUACUCAUCGGUUUUCCUAAAACCUAUCACUCCAGAACAGGUUCCAGGGUAUCACUCUAUUAUCUUCAGACCUAUGGACUUAACUACUAUCAAGAAGAAUAUUGAUAAUGGAACAAUCAGGUCCACAAGGCAUUUUCAGAGGGACGUCAUGCUUAUGUGCCAAAACGCCAUAAUGUACAACAAACGUGAUUCAUUUGUGUAUAAAAUGGCCGUCACAAUGCAGGAAGAAUUUCUGGAACACAUGCAGAUUUUAUUACAAGUGACUGGCGAAGUGUCAUUUCACAGAGAAACUAGAACGCCAGCAAAUAGUAUUAAAAGUGAAUCAAGUCAGUCUGUCGUAAAAAAGAGGAGAAGUUACGUUACACCGAGUCCUCACGAUACUUUAGGAAACAAACUUCGAAAGUCCGCAGAUAAAUAAUUGUGCUUUUCGAAAAUAUUGAGCCGUGGCGUAUCAAGAAAAAGUCAAUGAAUUUCUCUGAAAGUGAAAUUUAUAUCAGAGGAAAUAAUUAUGCGUAAGAAAAUAUUAAUUGUACUAGUAAAAGGUGCAAAGCAGAAGUCCAUAAAACUAAAUAUAAUCGGAUUAAGAUAGUAUAAUUUUUUUACUUUCUAGUUUAAAGUUAAAGGAAGUUCUGAGUGAUUUUAUUUUUGUGCUACUUUUAAGAAAGGCAAGAGUCACUUCAAAAUUAUAUUUACGUUAUAUAUCUCUACAUAUUUAUUAUUAUAUAAAAAAAUCAAAUAUCCUCGGUGUAAUAACUUUUCCAAGGGCAUAGCUCCUUAUACGGAAUAGUUACUAGCAGUUCUAAAAACAUUUACACUUAUGUCUUACAUUUAAUAAAAACCUUUUUACCGUUUUUA